AUGUCGCGCUUCGCCAAGGACAACGCUUCCGCCUCUCUCGUAUCCCAAAGAGCUUUGGUUUCGGGUGGCACGCAAGGAAUAGGAGCGGGCAUAGCCCUUCGUUUCGCCCAAGCAGGAGCAGAAGUGUACAUUAUUGGACGCAACAAGGAAAAGGGAGAAGGCGUGAUCAAGCAACUGAUCGAUGCUACCGAAGAGCUCAAGAAGAGGAAUGGCGGAUCACUCCAGGUGGACGCGCAGCACGCCUUCUUCAAAGCGGACUUGAGCGAUGUUGGGGAGAUCAAGAGGGUGAUUGACGAGGUGCAGCAGAGAGCCGGCAGCAAGGGCAUCGAUUGGGUGGUGCAGUGCCAAGGUGCGUGGCGAAGUGAAGUCGAGAUGAGGCAAUCACAAGUUGCGCCUCUUGAUCUGCUUGCUCCCUGACUCGCCGCAUCCUCUUGUGCUUACUUUGCCGCACUAUGACCGCAAGGCGGACCGCCAAACGGACGCUACGUUCCCACGCCUCAGGGAAGAGAUUUCGGCUGGUCGGUCCAGGUGCUGUCCCGCUUCGCCAUCGCGCACCUUCUCACUCAGAAACAGUUGGUCAAGAGGGGCCUCUUUUUCAUUGCUGCUCCUGCCUCAGGAGGCUCCAAGCCUCUGGACACGGAUGAUUUGGACUUUACCAAAGCUCAUCAGCAGGGCACGUUCAAGGAUGGGUACUUGUCCAUUUAUUACCAGGGUCGAAGAGACUCCAGCCAAUUGGACAGUGUGACUCUGGUAAGCCAUUCUUUGCUCGCAAACGGGAAUAGUGACAGAGCGUCGAGGCUGCGUCAAGCUUACCCUCUCCAUCCGUUUCAUGUAUCGGUCUCACGCAGAGCUUGGCCGAGCGUCAUCCCAACCUCGCCGUGGCGCACCUGUUCCCAGGCUUUGUCAGCACGGACGCUUCAAGCAACUCCAAGUUGCCGUGGCCCAUUCCUCAAAUCUCUCACUUUUUUGGUCCAUGGGUUGGACAAAAGCCCGGACCAGGAGGCUAUGCUGAAGCCCCUGUGCACCUAGCGGCACAUACCGAGGGUGCGUGGGCACGCUCCCAGCCUCGGGUCUGUCUACGUAGCCGCCUCGCGUUGCACCAGUGCUGACUCUUCUCCCUCCUCGUACACACUCAUCUCCAACUCGCUGCUGGCAGGACGAAGAUUCCUUCGUCUUGGAGAGGGAAACUUUUUCAACGAGCGUUUGAAAAGGCUCGAGCCUAGCCCAAAUGUGCGCGAGAAGAGCGUCCGAGAGAAAGUGUGGAGCAAGCUGGAGUCCUAUCUCCAGUGA